AGCUUGCUGCGGUGGCAACUUGUAGCUUCUCCUCGGGUUCAGGUAGUCCAGGUGCACUGCGACAACUGGGAAGUAUGUACUACCGACUCUUGUGGCUGAUCUUCCACUUGCCGUCUGAUUGCCUUUGAAGCAUCCCUCUUCCAGGUCAUGUCCGCACUCCUGGCGGUGCUGUGGCCGGCCAUGCCAGACCUGGUUACGCCUUCAUCAAAGCCAAUUACACUGCCACAGACUCGACGUUGACUCCUCGAGCGUAAGCAGCGUCGGGGUUGGCAGACAACUGGACAUUUUUUUUGUGCACAGGACGCGGUAGUCACUGCAUUCGUAUUGUGCGAUCAGCCAGCACCGCCCGAUCCACUCGCUCAUUUGCUCCUCAAGGUUGGGGCUUGAAGAGAUCUACGCCGGAUAUAUCACGCGUUGUAUAGCAGGUCAAGCAACCUCCGCAAUCGGGAGUGUGGUGAGCUGGGGCCUCUCAGCUUACGAAUCCAGUGUACACCAUGUACGGCACCGUUUAGCCACAGGAGUCACUGUCGGACUCCGACCAUCGCUUGGAUCGUGAUUGCUCUGGAGAGGGAGGGCUGCAAUCUGUGUCAGUGUAUUCACGACGCGGAUGUGAGAUUAGCAUCUGCACUGCUCAGACCCGGCGGAUUCCGUUCUUAUCCAAAGUUUGAUGGGACCGAGUCGCGUGGCAGCGCCAAGCGCCGAGUUCCUUGCUUGUCGGUGCUUGGACAGUUCCGCACGUCCGCAAUGCCAUCCACCCCGGCCGCAAAUGCAUGUCGCCUCGGGCUGGCAGCAUUCCGCACCUGUCAUCUCCGGACGCUGCAUCUGUGCCCGAAGCGUGCGCGUUGCUCGUCUGACUGCGCUCAGGUUCGCGGGGCUGCGCAGGGCCCCCUCGUUCCCCGUAACUGGCUCCUCGAUGUCGCUUUGCUGCCUUCCGCUCGGAUGCGCCCUCGCCGGUCACGGAAUCGUCAUCGCAACGGGGCUUGAAAUCAUCAUCUACGGCUCGCCCAGGGCAAUGCGUACUUAUACGCCGCAGCCUCCCAGGGCCCGCCCGGCUUUCCUCUCAUCCCAAGAGCGUCCUGCCCCUUGUUGUAUCAUGCACCAUGUCUGCUCCAGACAAGCACGACAAGCCCACCCUGCCCCCCAUCCGCGACGUCUUCCCUGACAUUUUUCCAGCGGAUCAAACCCAAACCGACGGCGCCUCCCAGACGCCUGCAGAUCGCGGCCUCGCCCGCGAGGACGCCCGCGAUCUACCGCCGCUGGCCAGCCCUCCUCGUCUGCCGCACAGGCGGCGGACGCAUCCGCUGCGCGGACCCCCCGCUCCGGUGGCGUCGGGGUCGCAGCUCCCAUCGCAUCAUUCAGAAGGCGCGUACGGCAUUGGCCUCCCAACGCUUCGUCGGAACGAACCCUACAUGUCCCAUCGCCCGGGGACUAUAACUGCUGGCGACGCCGCGUUUCGGUUCUCCCGACAAGACACGGACGUCGUGCGCGCGGAAUCCGAGCUUGGCGGCCCCAGCACCUCGACGCCGCCUGUGCCCGCCUCACACGACCCGCCCAACACCCACGCAGGCUUCUCCCGUGCACGUCCCAUCGACGACAGCACACGCCAUCGGCCAGGUCCGCUGCCAGCGGCUUGUCCCGCUGAUAGACUGUCCGGCACUUCCCCCGUGGACGUUCCUCCCACCCCCGGGCCGAGCAGGAUCUCCUCUGGGCACGCCAACGCCAACGCCCCCGAGCCGUACAGCGCGACCCCCGCGCCCAGCGUGCCCCCGCGCAGGCCGAAACGGUACAUCUGCCCAAAAUGCGGCAAACGCUUCUCGAGGCCGAGCGCGCUCAAGACGCACAUGGUCUCGCACACGGACAUCAAAGCGUACCCGUGCCCCGUGCAGGGCUGCGGCCGCCGGUACACGAUCAAGUCGAACCUGACGCGCCACCUGCGCACGCACGGCGCGCACGCAGACACUGCCGCAGCGACGACGCCGUGCGUGCCCAUGGACCCGAUGUCCACCGUCUUCCUCGCCGGCGAGCACGCUGCGUCCUGGACGCCGCUCGUCCCCGGCUUCGAGCCUCCCCCCGGUGCCGCCGCCGCCGCCGCCGCGGCGCAGGCGGGCGAGCGCGCCGGGGACGCCCCGCGGGGAGACGCAGAGGGCACUGACGACGAUGACCCGAUGGCGGGCAGCCCUGCGCCCGCCGACUCCUCCUCCGACGCGCGGCAGCGCGCGACCCGCCGCGGACGACAUUCACGUUCGUCCGAGAAGCGGAGGCGGCGCUGAUUUGUCCCGUGGGAGCGGUAGAGAAAGAGAAAGAGAGGUCCGUGUUGAGCGCGGCUGGCCCACUGGCGGGGCACCCGCAUUAUUUCGUUCGGCGCAUCCGGAUGGCCCCAGUUCGCCCGACCCGGAUUUCUAGACAUUUUUUUUUUGUUCGGACAGGAUACCUCCUCUUCUCCUUCGCCCUUGACAAUCACGCUGUAUCUAUUAGGCCCUGUAAUGUACCUGAGGUUAUGCUAGGCGGAUGCCGGCGUGGGGCUCACAGCAACGUUCUGAUCGCCGUUGCCCCCCUGGCCGCGCAACCCGCGCUUUCGAAUGAUGCGUAUCAC